AUGAAGUUCACGACACUCCCCUGCAUAUUGGCAGUCGCAAGUUACGCCAUAGCAAAGGCCAUCGCCGAACCGGACCUCGUCCAGGCACCACAUCUCGAAAACCGACAAGGCGCCGCCGUCGUAGCCCCCGCCGCAACACAAGCUGCUAUUCAAUACCCGUCCAUUACCACUCAAUGGGUUGAAAGCACGAUCGGCUCCACAGCAACUUACGUACAAGUCAUCUACACACAGCAGUUCUCCGCCGUGCCGGACCAACUACCUACGGCCGUGCCGGGUGCGAUAGGAUAUGGUACUUUGACGAAGCAUGGGAAGAGAGACAUGCCGAUCGAGACGGGUAUCGCUGGUCGGAUACGGCCGAUCGUUAUCGAGGUACUGGGGGAGGUUGUCACGCAGUGGGUACAGGCUAUUGAGGAGGUCCUGGUCUUGCACACAAUCUUCGUCGUGGACAACGCGACUCUGCACGGUAUCAACGGCAACUCUACAUUUGGCAACUGGACGCUCGGCAACUCGACUCUUGGGAAUGGUACUUACUCCAACGGCACAAACUUGUUCAACGGCACAUACAUCGACUUCAACGGCACAGACCACAAUACCACGACCACCAACACAACAAACACGACCGCAACGAACACGACCACCACAUCCUCCUCAUCAGCCGUCACACCCGGCUUCAGCUUCUCCUUUUGA